AUGUCUAACAAUCCUGAGGUGAUGGACGUGAACGUCGACCCUUUGGGUCAGGUCAACCCCAAGGUGCCUGCGAACACGGAGAAGGAAAAUACCUUCAACACGCCGGCUCAUGCCUACGCUCAUGACGACGAGAAGGAUCUCGACGUUGAGCGUAUCAAGUCUCUCGACGAUGAGCACCACGACGAUUUCACUAUCGAUCCGUUCAAGCCCUUCGACGAUCUUCCUGAAGAGGGCAGGCACAUCCUUACCAUUCGAGCCAUCUUCGUCGGUCUCUGCUGCGGUGCUCUUGUCAAUGCCUCCAACGUUUACCUUGGUCUGAAGACGGGAUGGACCUUUACCGCCAACUUGUUCGGUGCCAUCGCCGGUUUUGCCGUCAUCAAGUUCCUGUCCAGGGUUGUGCCCGAAAGCUGGCCCAUGCUCGGAGGUGGCUUCGGUCCUCGCGAGAACAACAUCUGCCAGACCGCUGCCAUGGCCUCUGGUGGUCUCUCCAGUGUCUUCGUCUCCGCCUUCCCGGCUAUGUACCAGCUUAAAUUGCUUGGUGCGACCCCCAAGGACGACUACUGGUCGAUUGUGGCCCUUGCCGCUGUUUCUGGAUACUUUGGUUUCUUCUUUGCCACGCCUCUGCGCAAGUUCUUCAUUGUGUACGUCGCCCGCGAGCUUCGCCUGAUCUUCCCGACGCCUUCUGCCACCGCCAUGACCAUCCGUUCCAUGCACCAGGCCGUCACUGGAGAGGCAAUUGCGAAGAUGAAGAUGAAGGGCUUGUCGAUUUCAUUCGCCGGCGCGCUUGUCCUGCGAGUCGUUUCCCAGUACGCCCCUGGUAUUCUCUGGGAUUGGCACUUCUUCACCUGGUUCCAUAUUUGGUCCAAGUACCACUCUCACGCACUCGCUGUUGAGUCGUGGGGCUGGUUCCUCGAGUGGACUCCCGCUUUUAUCGGUUCCGGCAUGCUCGUCGGUCUGAACGUGUCCAUCUCGUUCUUAGGAGGGUCUAUCCUCGCCUGGGGAAUCAUCGGCCCGGCUCUCGUGCACAACAACAAGGCCUGGGGCACCAACCUCGGAGAGGGCACCAAGUGGGACGGAUACACCAACUUCGCAUCCCUUAGCUUGGCCGCUUGCAACAAGGACUACCCGUCUCCUCGGUACUGGCUACUUUGGCCCGGUGUGCUUCUCAUGAUUGCAGUCUCUUUCACGGAGCUCAUCCUGCAGUGGAAGGUUCUCUACUUUGGAUUCAAGGCUCUCUACCGUGGUCUUGCUGCUGGUCUCUAUGCCUUGGGCCAAAAGGCCGGUCGCGACCUAGCUUGGGCGAAGAAAGCUGGUGCCCGGGCUGACGAGGACCUCGUCGAGGACUCUGCUGCGCCGCACGAGCAAGUCAAGAUGUGGAUGUGGGCUCCUGGUCUGGUCCUUAGCAUCGUCUGCAUCUGCAUUGUCCUCGGUGUCCAGCACGAUAUGCCCGUCGGCAUGUCGCUCUUGUCCGUCUUCCUCGCCUUCUUCUUCUCCUUCGUCGCCGUACAGUGCACGGGUAUCACCGACAUCACGCCUCUUACUGCCGCGUCCAAGGCUUCGCAGAUUAUUCUCGGUGGUGCGACCAAGGGCGAGCACUGGGACAUCACCAGGGCUCAGCGACUCAACCUCUUCGGUGGUGCCAUGUGCAGCAUGGGUGCUAGCCAGGCCACUGACCUUGUCUGCGAUUUCCGCACUGGCUUCCUCCUCCGCACACCCCCGAUCUACCAAUGGCUCGCCCAAGGUCUCGGCACCAUCGUGGCCAUGUUCCUCGCGCCCGCGAUGUUCCAGCUUUUCGCGACCGCUUACCCCUGCAUCAUCGACAUCGACGCCGAGACCUGCGCCUUCGGUAUCCCCUCCGUCUCCGCCUGGCGCGCAACCGCCGUUGCUGUCACAGACCCAACCUUCCCCAUCCCGGCCUCGUCCGGCUACUUCGCCAUCGCCUUCGCCAUUUUGGGCUCGGCCUUGACCGUUGUCCGCCACUACGUCUGGGUCGGCCGCCUCGAGUGGAUGCGCAAGUACCACCCCAACAUGAUGUGCGUCGGUCUCGCUUUCGUGCUUGCGCAGACUCAAUACGGAACCGCCAUGACCAUCGGCUCUGCCAUCGCUGCGUACUGGCAGGCCAAGAACCCUGAGCACUUCGAUAUCUACGGGUACGCUGUUGCCGCUGGUCUCAUUGCCGGCGAGGGUAUCGGUGGUGUCAUCAACGCCGUGUUCCAGGUUGCUGGCAUCGCGGGUGAUAAGUAUGGCUCUUGCAUUGCGUCGCCUGCGGGCGAGAUUGUUGGAUGCUAG